CAGGUGUACGUGAAGAUCUCAGUUCCCAAGGGCAUCCGGUUUAUCGGGCAUCCAGGCAAACGCCAUCUGACCAAGAAGAUGUGCGUGGCCUCUGGGGAGAUGGAGCCCGCCUGGGUGGUUCUGUCCUUCAGUGACCUGGGACUCAGUAAUGUCACAGCCAAAGCCCUCGCUUACGAAGAAACAAGCUGCUGCCGGGACGGGCAGUCCAUCAAACACUUGGAGGAGAGCUUCGCUGACAGGCGGGUCCCCGCCGGGAGGGAUCACAUCAGGCGCAGUGUGAUGGUUGAGCCGGAAGGAGCCCCCCGUGCGUACACCUACAGUGCUUUCUUCUGUCCCAACGAGAGAGUCCACAUCUCCACACCCAACAAGUAUGAGUUCCAGUAUGUGCCACGGCCGUUGUGUCUCACCCGUUUUGAUGUGGCUGUGCGAGCCCACAAUGAUGCCCGAGUGGCCUUGUCCCCCGGGCCCCAGGACACAGCAGGCAUGAUAGAGAUCGUCCUGGGGGGGCACCAGAACACCAGGUCCUGGAUCUCCACCAGCAAGAUGGGCGACCCUGUGGCCAGCACACACACGGCAAAGAUCCUGUCCUGGGAUGAAUUCAGAACAUUCUGGAUCAGCUGGCAUGGCGGGUUCAUCCAGGUUGGCCAUGGUCCAGAGCCUUCCAAUGAGUCUGUCAUCAUGGCCUGGACCCUCCCCAGGCCACCAGAGGUCCGAUUCAUCGGCUUCUCCACUGGCUGGGGCUCGGUGGGUGAGUUCCGCAUCUGGAAGAAGGUGGAGGUGGACGAGAGCUACAGUGAGGCCUUUACCCUGGGAGUCCCGCACAGCGCCAUCCCUGGGUCUGAGCGGGCAGUGGCCUCCGUCAUAGGAGACGUCAUGGGACCAACCCUGAACCACCUCAGCAACCUCCUGCGGCUGCCCUUUGGCUGCGGAGAGCAAAACAUGAUCCACUUUGCACCCAACAUCUUUGUCCUGAAGUAUCUGCAGAAAACCCAGCAGCUCAGCCCCGAGGUGGAGCGAGAGACCACGGACUACCUGGUACAAGGCUACCAGCGGCAGCUGACCUACAGGCACCAGGACGGCUCCUACAGUGCAUUCGGGGAGCGGGACGCAUCAGGGAGCAUGUGGUGAGUCCCCACUUCGGGCGCACGGCCACGGGGGCUCUC